AUGCCCGUCGAGCUGCUGGGCCUCACCCCCGCCUACACAGUCGUCGGCGCCUACCGCCUCGCGACCGACCCGAACCUGUACCGACCGGUGUGGGCGCGGUCCCGCAAGUCCCUCCAGCGCGCCCUCCUCUUUGCCGUUCCGUACUCCGUCCUCGCCCUCCCCUUGACCCGCCUCUACGUCACCUUCGUCCUCUCGCGCUCGCCGCUCAGCCCAAAGAACGUCCACGAAGCCGCCUACUUCGGAGUGUCGCCUGUCGCCUACACAACUUGGGCGCUUCUGGCGGGUCAGGUGUCGGCGUUGAUCGAGUUCUUGCUCAAGCGCGAGCUGCGGAAGAGUCGCGAGGAGGUGUACGAGCAGACGGUCAGGAGUCGGGGGAAGCCGGCGGAUUGGUGGCAGCCGUACACGGAGGAAUGGCUUGUGCCGCCUGUUAAUCGAGCGAAGCGAGCGGCAGAGAAGCAGUCGUUCUACGUGCGCCUGUCGAGUCCACUCGUGCGGAUUGUUCUCCUCCGAGUCCUCCUCACGCCCCUCAGCUUCAUCCCCGGCCUCGCACUCUGCGUGCUCAGUGCGAUCCGGUCGCUCACGAUGGGUCGCCUCCUGCAUCGUUCCUAUUUCGAGGCGAAGAAGAUGACGCCGUUCGAGGUCGAGCUGUGGCUUGCGGAGCGAGAAGUGGGAUACCGGCUGUUUGGCUUUGCCGCCGCCCUCCUCGAACGCAUCCCGCUGGUCGGCCUCGUCUUCAGCAUCUCGAACCGCAUCGGCGCGGCAAUGUGGGCGCACGACCUCGAGAAACGCCAACACGCCUUCCGCGCGGGCGAACUCAAGCCGACCAAGGUCUACCAGAGCAAGACGGCCGUCAUUGCCGCCCAACAACGCGCGUCUGAUAUCCCCGACGAGGUGCUGCACGGGCCUGGCGGAUUCCCCUCGACGAAAGGGCCGGUCAAGAUUGCGGGAGACGGGAGCGAGGUUGGGAGGGUCAAGCCGGCGCCGCCUCCGCUGCCGCCGAGGGAGUUGUAG